CGUUACGUCAACGUAAACUGUAUGGCGGAAAAUGUUUGUGGGAAACAUGGAUCAGUCAGACAGCAAUGAAGUAGGAGAGACAGAAGAGGUCAUGGAACAAGAAGAUGACAGCAGUGCAUCUGAGAGCGAGGAAGAAAACUAUGAAAAAGAAAUUUUAGAAAUUCAGGAAAAGCUCAAGCAAAGCCCAUAUUCCUAUGAUCUUCAUGUUCAGUUGAUAAAGGUUUUGAGUCAGGCAGGUGAAUUAGAUCCACUUAGAGAAGCAAGAGAACACAUGAGAAGCAUUUAUCCUCUUACAGAAGAAUUAUGGUUAGACUGGCUCAGAGAUGAGAUAAAAGUUUCCUCAACCAAUGAAGAUCGAGAAAAGAUUGAAAACUUAUUUGAAAAGGCUGUGUUAGAUUAUCAGUCCGUUCCUCUGUGGCUUGAGUAUGUGCAAUUCUGUAUUGGAGGCAUGGGCUCUGAUGAAGGAAUAAAAAAGAUUCGCUCAGUGUUUGAAAAGGCACUAACAGCAGUUGGUCUUCAUGUUAGUCAGGGAAACAACAUUUGGGAAGCAUAUAGAGAAUUUGAAAAUGCUUUGUUAACUCAGUUGCUGCCACAGCCAGGCACAGAAGUUACAAAGGAUCAAGAAGAUGCAUUCAACGUUCAGAACAAGAGACUGGAUUCCAUAUUUAAAAGACAGCUAGCUAUUCCACUCUUAGGAAUGGAGGAGACUCUACAGGAGUACAAGGACUGGAGUGGCUGUGAGGUGGACCAGAAGACAAUGAGGGCGUACAGUAAAGCCCUUGUAAUGGUGAAGAAACUCACUCCCUUGGAAGAUGCUCUGUCCAGUGCUGCCAGUCCUAGAUGGAAGGAAUACCAAGCUAUUAUUGAGUUUGAAAAGAAGGAGGGUGACCCAGUGCGAAUACAGUUGGCGUUUGAGAGAGCAAUACAGGAAAACUGCCUGAGUCCUGAUAUUUGGAGUCAGUACACUAAGUAUUUGGACUUCAGUUUGAAAAUUAAGUCUAUCAUCCUGCCUGUGUAUGAACGAGCUCUUCGGAACUGUCCCUGGUCUUCACCACUCUGGCAGAACUACUUGCUGGCUCUCGAGAGACACGGGGAAAGCUUUGACAAGGUUAAAGAAACUGUGGACAAGGCACUGAUGGCUGGCUUCACACAAAGCGCGGACUACCUGCUGGUGUGGACAACGUACUGUGACUUUCUGCGCAGACGGAUUGACUGGAACACAGAUCACAAGAGUGAACUUGAUUUAUUCAGAGAAACGAUAGCAUCAGCCAUUGACCACUUGACAGAAAAUUUUGGAAAAGAGGGUGAUCCAAAUGGAUUUCUUCGAAGUUACUGGGCUCUGAUUGAAGCAAAAUUCUGCAAGAACAUGGAAAAGGCUCGUGAACUGUGGAAUGGAUUGAUGACUGAAGGGCAUGGCAAUACAGCAGCCAUGUGGCUUGACUAUUACAGAUUAGAUAGGGCCUAUGGGAAUAACAACAAACAUUGUCGCAGAAUCCUACAGAAAGCUGUCAACUCUGUCACCGACUGGCCGGAGAGUAUUGCUGAAGCAUAUGUUAACUUUGAAAGAGAGGAAGGUACCUUAGAACAGUUUGACCAGGCUGUAGCCAAGUGUGAGAGUCAGCUGCAGAGGAUUAAAGAAAGAAAGGAACAGGCUGCAGAAAAGGAACAUGAGGAAAGUCAGAAGUCUGGUAAAGCGGGAAAGAAAUUCACCAAGAAUGCAGACAAGUCUACUAACAAAGGAAAAAAGACAUCUCCUAAAAUGGAUAAAUCAGCUGUUCGUGGGAACGAUGUGUCAAGACAGGAACAGUCAACCACAGUAAAGAGAAAGAUUGAUGAAUCUGGAGACGGACUAAAAGAUGACGAAAGUUUCAAAGUCCCAAUGCUUCCAGGAUUCAAAGGUGAACCUCCAACUAAAAAAACAAAAACAGAAGAUGCGGCAAGGGAAAGUAUGAUCGUGCAACAUGAUUCCUCCAAAAAUAUCCGAACAGUAUUUGUCAGCAACAUACGUUUUGACCUAGACGAAGACAGAAUCAAAGAAAUAUUUUCCAAGUGUGGCAACAUCACUGAUGUUCGACUGGUUAAGAACUUUAAGGGAAAAUCAAAAGGAUAUGCUUACGUUGAAUUUGAAGAUGAGCUCUGUGUUACGCCAGCCCUUGCCAAAGACCGAGAAAUGGUUGAAGGUCGCCCCAUGUUUGUUUCAAGGUGUGAAGAUAGACAGGGUGCCAAAGCAGAGUUUAAGUUUUCUACAGAUAUGGAAACAAAUAAGUUAUUUAUAAAAGGUCUUCCAUUUACCUGUACAGUGGAGGCUUUAAGAACAAUAUUUAGUCAGCAUGGAGAACUGAAGGAUGUCAGACUUGUGACGUACAGGAAUGGAACUCCUAAAGGCUUGGCCUAUGUUGAGUACUGUGAUGAGUCACAUGCUGCCCAUGCUGUACUGAAAACCGACGGUAUCAUGAUUGGAGAACACCAGAUCUCGGUGGCAAUCAGCAAUCCACCUGCGAGGAAAAUGCCCGAGACCAUUAAAGGUGAAGGUGACAGAGUUCCUUCCCUUGGAGGAGGCAAGAAGGAAAGUGAAUUUCGAGGAAAAGCUCGAACACAAGUAUCCCUGAUACCCCGGUCUUUACAGCACCCACAGUCAUCUUCCCAGACUACGGUAAACACGAAAUCAGUAGACAAACAGUCUGUGGCAAAUGGACAAUCUUCAUCUAACAAGUCAAUGAGCAAUGCAGAUUUCAGAAACAUGUUACUUAAAAAGUGAGGUGUCAAGAAGAUUUUUUCAUUUUCAUACUGAAAUUCGUCAUCAUCAAUCAUCAAUAUACUUUCCUUUGACACCCAGUGGCCGAUGCAUAUUUCGUGCUGGGGUGUGAUUCAUUCAUUUAUUUGUGUCAGUAAGUGCGAGGUCUGUGCAUUGUUCACUUGUUAUAUGUUAUAAUAGUAGGACCUACAUAAGUGCUUGUCAUCAUGAUCAAUGGCUUGUUGGUGAUGAAGAUAAUUCUAGCUUGGAAUUUAUUUUUUGUGGGAAAACGUUUUUAUAGAAUUGUGGUACUGUUGUUCUUGAAUAUUGUUUCGAGUCUUUCAUGAAAACAUUGAAAGACAGUUUAGUUUCUAGUGGCAACACUAAAUAUGUUUUUGAGGUCUAUGUCUUUCCAAGCUUUUGUUAUCAAAAGGUUAAAAAAAAAAUCAAGUGACACUGCAAGUGGUCAUGAAAUAUUUUCUAUUGUACGAAUGAUCUGUAUAAAAUGGUUAUUCAUUAAA